UUUGCCGCUCACUACACUCGUUUUUUGAGAUAUGGACGGACUAACCAAGGGUUUCAACGACGUUGUAACCGGCGGUGGUGACGGCCGCGACAAUGAAUACGAGGAACGAGAUGAACGGUCCAGAUCCAGUUGGGCGCAGGUGGUGUCGGGGGAUCAUGAUAACGAACAUCGUCCUCCGUCUCAACGGAGAAAACAGGAGCAGAGUAAACAGGAUGACGAGGGCCGACAGGUUUCGGGUUCAAGACCUCCCCAAAAUGUAAAUUUUAUGGUCGAGGCGGAACAUCCGGUUCCUCUUCCUCUUUCGAACAUGUUUUCGUUGGGGAAAUCAACUGAUGUGGUGGGGAAGAAGUCACUGGCUUCCACAAUUGGCUUCAGAAGAAGCAAAAGGAAGAGUUGAUUAUCAAGGAAGGUUAUAUAUUACCCCGAAGACGAGGGGAAACCCCAGACUCUCAAACACAGUUGCUUACAAUUCAGUAACAAUGGAAUUGGGUCCUUAAAGCAGUGUCAACCACAUUGAUUGGUGUCAGCCCUGAGUUUGAAAUUGCUCUCUAUACUCUGUGUUUCUUUGUGGGUGAAAAGGAUAACCAUGUACAGCUCGGUCCAUACUCGGUUAACAUCAAGUGCUACCGGUUCGGAUAUAAGAUCGGUUCCGUGUUUCCGAUGGCAUAAUGUUUGAUUCUCAGCCCCAUGUAUCACUAGUAUUAUCCAGAAGCCACAGAAACACUAAAGACAUGUUUAUGUUUCUUGGAUCAUGUACUUACAAAUUUGGUAAUAAUGAUUGUGUGUAAAACUUAGGUACAUUGCUGGUAUGCAUUCCCCUAUGGCUUAACCUUAUGAUGAAUGAGGAAUCAAAUUCUGCAAUAUAGUUUU